AUGGUAAUGGUGAUUGUGACAACCCUUUUGGUUAUAUUUGUGAGUGUGGUGUUGAAGGUUGGCUAUGACACCAUUUCAUGUUACUGGCUGACUCCAAUGCGCAUAAGGAAGAUGAUGAAGAAACAAGGUGUGGUUGGUCCUAAACCCAGUUUUCUCAUUGGCAACAUCACAGAAAUGACAUCUCUUGUUUCAAGAGCAGUUUCUCAAGACAUGAAAACUAUCAGCCAUGAUAUUGUUGCUCGUAUUUUGCCACAUUUUGUUGUCUGGUCCAACCAAUAUGGAAAGAGAUUCUUGUAUUGGAAUGGAAUAGAACCAAGGUUGUGUCUCACAGAAACUGCACUGAUAAAGGAAUUUCUGUCAAAGUACAACUCCAUAUCUGGAAAAUCAUGGCAACAACAACAAGGUACCAAACAUUUCAUUGGGAAAGGGUUGUUGAUGGCCAAUGGUAAAGAUUGGCAGUACCAACGUCACAUGGUUGCCCCAGCGUUCAUGGGAGAGAGACUUAAGGGCUAUGCUGGGCACAUGGUGGAAUGUACAAAGGAUAUGCUUCAAUCAUUGCAAAAUUCAUUAGAAAGUGGGCAAAGUGAGUUGGAGAUUGGAGAGUAUUUAACUGAACUCACUGCAGAUAUUAUCUCAAGAACUGAGUUUGGCUCAAGCUAUAAAAAGGGAAAGCAACUUUUCUUUCUCCUCACACAGCUUCAGACUCGUUGUGCUCAAGCAACUCGCCAUCUUUUCCUUCCUGGAAGCAGGUAUAUGAAAGAGUGUUUAGAAUUUUUAAUAUGCCAACCAUACAAG